AUUACUUCUUGUUUCGUUAACAAUUUCUUAACAUUUGUGUAUUUAUUUAUGCUUUAAUAAAUUUAGUAUUGAUUGGUGGCAAUGAAGACUAGAAUGGAAUAAAUUUAACUUCAUUGAAUUAACAGUCAAUAGCGGUUACAUGUCUGCUCGGAGCAGAAGAUACGUUCUCUAACAACGGAAUGGAAUUUGAACAAGGAUAUGAACAUACAUAUGUAGAUAGGAAACUGUUGAAAGAAGUAAACGAACAAAAUGCACAUUUAUGUGAUGUACCGGUGCAAGUUGGAGGACGGGUCAGACGAUUCCACAGUUGCAUAUUAAAGGAGAGUGGAUUUUUCAACACAUUAUUUAACACCGGCAAAUUCCGAGAACAUUUCCAUGGAGUCGUUGAAAUUCGUGAAAGAAGAUCGCACAUUUUUGAAGGGGCUAUUCUGUUUCUGUACAAUAUGGAACCUACCUUAGAUAUAUACAACAUUUGGGAGUUCUUUGACAUUGCAGAAUUUCUCAUGAUACCACGUCUAAAAGCCUUCUGUGUGAAAUGGCUUGAACAAACCAAAAAGACAAACAAUCUGAUUGAAAUCUGCCUUCCUAUAUGCACUCUCUUCGAUGUUGAUAUUACUGCUGUCAUUGACUACAUCAGGCAGAAUUUAAGAGAACUUAUGAACGGAAGUGAAUUGCGUUACGUUGAUGUUAACUCAUUGAAUAAUUUAUUGUCAGAUAAACAUUUGUCGUAUGUUUCAAUGGAAAUCAAAUUUCGUUUUUUGCUGAAAUGGGUAAAGUUUGAUUUUUUAAAUCGAUUUCAAUAUUUUGAGCCGAUGUGCGCUUUCAUAGAUUUCUGGAAAUUAAGCGAGACAAUUUUAGUCGCUGCAAAACAAGAUUCGUUGUUCAGUUUGCUAGAUGUAGUUUCUAACUGUGAAUAUGUACAACAUUACGAUGAAUCCAAAGCUUUCUUAACAGUAAUUACAACACAUCAAGAUCUCGGUCAUGAGAAAGAGAACGUAAUAAUCUAUGAUGACAUAGAAAAUGAAUGGUAUCGUCUUAAUAUAAGUUUAAGCUGCACAGGACGAAGCAAGUACUUCACUAACACUAUCGACAAAUCUACGUUCUAUCGUGUCCGAAAAACUUAUCAAGCGAUACAGUGAUAGAGGUGUGCUCAGCUGAUGGAAGAAUUAUAGACCAUAGUAAAGUAACUGUGAAUUCAUACGAGGACCAAGCGAGAAGAUGCAGUGAUGGACUUUUUGAAUCGAUUUGUAUCAGUGGCCGGACAUGCGUUGCGACACACAUUAUAACAGUGGAAAUAGAAAACCUAGAUAUGCCACAUGACAAUGAUUCCGAAGAGAGUGAUGAUUCGUCGGGAACGGAAGAAAUAACGGUAAUUCAACUUAUGAUUGGUUAGAUUGAAACGGAUUCAGAGACCACUGUUCUCUAUCCAAGAUUUUCCAUGAAAGCCGAAAACGAUGAAACUAACGUUUGCUUACAGGCAGAUGGCAAUGUGGCCUUGCUUAUAUCAACAUAUUUCUCGACAUCUGUCUUUAUUUACAAUAUUGAUUUGUGUGCCUUACGGCAAAUUGAAAACGCUGAAGUAUCGUCAGAUUUAUCGAUUCAUGAUUGUCAAAACGGAUUCGUCAUCCCUGAUCAAUCUGAUAUAACCCUGAUCAGAAAUCCCCACGAUACGAGUGAUGUUCAACAAUUUGAAUCAGUUCUGGCUUUAGACUUGGAGUGUUCGUCUGACAGGAAGAUGUUUGCAAUUGAUGAUAAAAUAUAUCGGUAUCACUACCACUCAUGUGCGGAAACUUAUUCAUUAGAUAUGGCAGUUAUUGAUGAAAUAGAAAGAACACAAAACUGUACCUGUGUAGCAUGGAGAGAGUUGUCUAGUCCUGAACUUACAGUUGAAUCAAUCAAUUCGGUUAUUAUGCUAGAAUUGCCUAAAAAUGACGAUCGGUGCCAUUUGCACUGCCCACAUUGUAAGCCAUUUUCUAGAGGACGAAAACGAAGAUUUUAUGAAACAGAGUGUAAUGUGUCUCACUGUAAAAUCUAUAAGUCUGCAAUGUUGUCGGAUGAACAAAGUGAACGCGAAAGCGAUGGUAGCAUCGAUGGAGACGAAAGUGACUACUCAUAAGUUGCAUUUUUGGUUGACGUAGCUUUAACACAUGUUAUUGCGCCUUCUAUUAAAGUCAUCUGAAAUGAUAAUUAUUCUAUUGAGAUAUAUUGAACAAAAACUUAUUACUUAUUAUCUGAUCUCAACUAAACAUGUUAUGUAUAUACACGACCUAAGAUAUUACUUGUUAACCAAUUCCAAUGUUGACUUGUCAAUAUCAUAUUACACGAAUGUCCAUUCCAAUUUUAAUGUAUGAGCAUGUUUAAAAGAUAUCACAUUAUUUACAGAUACGUGCGUACAUAAAGCAAAUCCAAAUUUUUUUAAAGGAAUGUCUUAAUGUAUUUUUUUUUGUAUUUAUUUCCUAAUGUAUGACCAGUGGCAUGACAGGUCGCGCGU